AUGGAUGCAAAACGAGUGUUGAUGGCCAUUCUGGGCCGUGGUCCCUUUGGCGGUGACUCUGGGUCUUCUGGAUCCAGUUCGGCAUCGGAUUCUGGAUCCGGAUUCAACGGUUUUCGAGGCGGAGCCCCCUUCGACAUCAGCUCGGCCCAGAGGGUGCGCGCGAUACACGGCAUUCUCGGUGCGCUAGCAUUUGUCGUGCUGUUUCCAGGCGGUUCCAUACUCAUCCGUGUCCUGCCGGGUCGCUUUGCGCUCUGGGCUCAUGCUCUGGGGCAGGUCGUCUCCCUUGUGGUUUUCAUUGCCACUGUCGCUUUGGGUGUCCGGCUCGUUCGUGAGGUGCAAAUACCAUUUGGCGAUGGCGGCAGCGGAAUGGCUAACAAGAUGUCGGAUCAGAUGUCAAACCCAAACAUCAACUACCAUCCGAUAAUUGGCCUCAUCGUGUUUGCGUUCCUGCUCCUCCAGCCAAUCCUGGGCAUUAUUCACCACAUAAAGUUCAAGAAGGUGAAGCGGCGGCAGGUCUGGUCCUACCUGCACCUCCUCAAUGGUCGCGUCUUCAUCACGUUGGGGAUUGCCAACGGGGGCCUUGGCGUGUGGAUGGCGCGGGAAUCCACAACACUCAAAACCGCGUAUGUUGCGGCUAGUGCCGCGAUGUGGUCGCUUUGGAUGCUGUCGGCUCUUUGGGGCGAGUUCCGGCGUUGGAGAGCGAGUAGAAGAGAGAUGCAGCGGAAGCUGGGCGAGGGCGAUGUGGCGUUUUAGAGUGAUGGCGGGCCUAAACGCAUUGAACUGGAACGACGUCACGAAAUUCGAGUCUGGAUACCGAUUUGGGGAUGGGAGAUCUUUGAUUUCUCACUUGAAGUGUGGUGUUGUCAGCAAGCAGUAUUCGAGCAACGGGGCAAGAGAAAUUCAAGUUGAGCGUACGGAGUAUUCAAGUUGAAGUAGUCAC